AUGAAUUGUCUGGUAUGCACCACGUACACCUCGAUCGUGGACCUGCUGAACGCCCUCCUCAGUCGUCACGAUGCGUCGACGGAUACCGACUUGAUUGUCUGCUCGACGAGAGCGGAAUUCUUACACGAGGUCCUCGCCCAGCUCGAUCACCAGCACGCAUCAGCAGCCGAGCCUGGGAACGACGAUGGGGAUCUUGAUCUGCCAGACUCCCGCCAUGCGCUCUUGUCACCAACUUUGUCCCUCUUGAGUGCGAGCCAGCAUUGUCGUCUUGUAUUCUGUCCGACCAUCACCACGCUUCGCGGAUACCUAUCUAGCUAUUCGGCGCGUGUUUCGCACAUUGGUGUCAGUAAUCGACAUUGUCAAAUCAUGAUCGUCAACCUCUUAAGACAGCAUUCCGGUACGGCCGAAUUCACCCUCCAGGGCCUGUCGCACACCUUUGCAAGUGCUGUCUCGGCAGCCCAUACAACGAGACGGCCACUCAGACUCGUCGAGCUACAGGACACUGGCGACCAUCCCGACCCGAAUCAAGGACCAGGACUCUGGUCAGCUCAAGUACCUCUUCUGAAUACAGCCAUCAAGAUCGGCGAAGGCGGAACGGCCUGGGGUCGUCGAACAAUCUCAGUUGAGAAAGUGGCUUCGCGUUGGUUUCGACGUGAAAGCGAGUAA